CCCCGGUGCUGUUCAGUGUCACAGUAGAAAAUAUUAAGCAUAGCAUUGUAGAGUUGGAAGGGAUCGACGGGGUCAUCCAGCCCAGCCCUCUGCAAGACAGGAGGCAGAGUAGAGUAUUGCUGGGUGGGAAUCCAAAUUCUGCAGCUCAAACAAAUUGAUGAAAGAAAGUAAUGCCAAUCCGCUGCAGCAGAGUGUCUUGAUGCCAGCACUGUGCCAAGUGGUGGAGAACAUUUUCUCAGAGGAGUGGUGAAAAGGGGCUUGACCAAAGGGGCUGCUCUGCAUGGAGUGUAAUAACUGUCUUCUCCACAAGGGGGAGCUUCCUGCCUGGUUUAUAUAGAGCCCUGAUCUCCCAGGUCUCUCAGUCAUGGAGAAAGCCUUCAUGCUUGGAGGAAGAGUUCUACUCCAGAAUCUGUAGAGGUGAGAGAGGAGGUAAACAUUGGGGUGGGGGGAGCCAAAUAUAUAGCCCCUUUCUGCACACUUGCCCUCUACAUGUGCAGAGGCCUUAUUUGAAGAUGGAAGCAAGUACAAAUUAAAAUGGGCAUCCUUCCAAAAACGGAAUAGCAGGCUAUGAAAACGAAAUAAAUCUCUGCCUGUGAGCCAAGGUAGGGCCUGUUCUGCUCUGGGCUGCAGCCAGGGUUAUGUUACUGCCAUGAAUGGGUGUUUGCAGGCUGCAAUGGUAAAUACGUGGUUGGCUGGGCACAGUGCAGUUUUAAAAGUGGGUUGGAGAAGCAGGUGCCCAGGACUAGCCGUGAGCUACUUUACAACAUGAGACAAGCUACCAGGGCACAACCCCUCUGUUCAUGCUUGUCAUGCAUGAGCUUCCUUAAUAGGCAAUUCCACAUGGCUAUUUCCGGUCAUUGUUUCGGGGAAUGAGCACUACUGAAAGAGAUACAGCCAUAUUGUUCCUGCAAGGCUGCCUUGACACCAGUAGCUACACGGUGUGUAAUGUGAUGCAACUAAAAGACUUGCGGUUCCCAAACUUUCAAGCCACUGCCCCCUUGGGUUCCAUAAACUCAUCCCCAGUGUUCCCUCCCCUAGAAAAAGCAUGGCUUAGCUGUUUGCAUAACCCACCAAAGCAGAUAACGAUAAAAUUCAAAACUGCAGUGAUUGCACCUUUAUUCAAAAUCCAAUUAAAACUUUUAAGUUCCAAGUCGAUAACAUGGAUGAACUGGAUCCAGUGAUGCUAACCUUUUGAAGUCUGAUAGUCGUUUACACCUCUGUUGCCCCCCGCUUGCCUCUUAGCACCCCCAGGUAAUCCCACUGCCCCUUUUGGAAGCUACAUAGCUUGGCACUCCUAAUAAUUGCUAGUAAAGACUGAAGGGGGACAUUUCUGCAUCUCUUGCCCAAAGGUAGCUCUGUACCACCUUGUGGGGUUUUUACUGCUACAUGUAGCUUGGGGUCUGGCCAGUGCCUGGAUGCCACCUGGCAGAAGAAAGGCAAGAUUUAAAUGUGCAAAAAGAAAAACUUGUUGUUUAGUGGUUUAGUUGUGUCCGACUCUUCGUGACCCCAUGGACCAGAGCACGUCAGGCACUCCUGUCUUCCACUGCCUCCCGCAGUUUGGUCAGACUCCUGUUCGUAGCUUCGAGAACACUGUCCAACCAUCUCAUCCUCUGUCAUCCCCUUCUCCUUGUGCCCUCCAUCUUUCCCAACAUCAGGGUCUUUUCCAGGGAGUCUUCUCUUCUCAUGAGGUGGCCAAAGAAUUGGAGCCUCAGCUUUAGGAUCUGUCCUUCCUAGAGAAACUAGACGAGUCAAUAAGAUGUGUGUAUUGGUUGAAUGUUAUUUGAUAAGUUUGGGUCCAGUUUUCUUCAGAAGUCAUUCUGAAUGUGAGUCCCUAUGGGCAGAUUUGAUCAUCGGCCAUCUCAGUGUGCAUCGCCCAGCUUAUCUUUGUGUGCCAAAUUAUCUCCUUGGGGUGACCUUCUAGGAACGUGAGAAGAGCCUUCCCAAUGGCCCAUCCAGUCUAGCAUUUUGUUCUCACAGUGGCCAACCAGGUGCAGGAUCCAAGCACAAGAACUCUGCUGUGGUUUCCAGCAACUUGGUAUUCUGAAUAGAAUAGAAUAGAAUAAUUUAUUGGCCAAGUAUCAACCAUACUAAGAAUUUUGCUUCGACUACAUUGCAUUGCAAUGUAAAUAAAGAACAUACCUCAUACAACCACUAUUCCGCUCACAAUACAACAGCACAGCGUAAAGACCCCAUACCACCAACUGGCCUCCCUUCCGCAGAGCAUAGCCAACAUGGCUAAGUAGCCACUGAGAGCUGUAUCCUCAAUGGAUUUGUCUAAUCCCCUCUUAAAGGUUGGGGCCAUCACUGCCUCCUGUGGGAGCAAGUACCAUAGUUUAGCUAUGCUCUGCAUGAACUUUCAUUUAUGAAACAUUCAGCUUCAUUAAAUGCCUUUGAGUUCUAGUCUUAUGAGAUACGACGAAAAACUUUUCUCGACCCACUUUCUCAAUGCCAUGUGUAACUUUACACACCUCUAUCAUGUCUCCUCUAAACUAAAAAGUCCUAAUGCUGCAGAAUCUUCUAGGGGAUCCACGUCAUCCCCAUUAUCAUUCAAGUUGCCCUUUCCUGAGCCUUUUCCAACUCUACAGUAUCCUUUUAGAGGUGAGGAUUUGAACACCCUGUUCAGUGAUCUGUCCAGCAACUCGGAGACAGCUUUGUUGCCUCUCCUGAGCUGCUCCUUCACCUCAAAGCAGGGUCACUCCUAAAUAAACACUCCAGCACUUCAGCGUGCUGAAACCGGAGGGCUGGACCAACUCCCAGGUUGCAUGACAACUUUUAUUUUGGGCAUUGGUAUUCCUGCAGCGGCGGAACGGCGCCCACAGCAAAUUAACAGAGAAUGCAGGAGGAAGGCUGGUUUGUUGUAGCCUCAACAUAAUCGAGGCAAUUUGUUUCUGGAGUAGCCUGCUGGAUUUUCUCACAAGGCAUUUCCUAAGGCCAGAUUAAGUGAACAGUUUCAGAGGAAGGAAGGUAAUGGUGAGUGUCAAGUUUACUUCGUCCAGAAAUUGCUCCUAUUCAGCAAAGAUAUUUAAGGCGGGGGGACCAGGAAAAGGCAUUUCUUAUGCUCAGGACAGGCCCCCCCCCCUUGAAAAUGAUGGGCAUGAUAUACACGGGCCUGUUAAUUCCAGUGGGCCUACUCUGCGUAGGAGUUAGUUGGAGACCAUCCUAUGUUGAUGCAGAUGUAAUGAUUACUUUCUAAGACAUAAGUAGUAUGUGUUUGUUGGGGGGGGGGCUGAGUAUGCCUGGAAGCAGAGCUGAAUUUGCACUUGGGUUCAGCUCCGAAUUAAAGCAGAGCUUGGCCAGAGUGUGGCUUUUUCCUUGCUGCUCGGAAAUCACAGACAUCUGGAACCGAGGUCAGACUUUUGACCCUGAAGCUCUCUCAAAGCUGCUCGCUUUAAAACCCAAAUGCAUAUGAGAUGCCUGUGUGGCUAUCAGAGGCUUGUACUCUGCACAUGCCUCAAAGGAUUAUGUCCUGAGGUGGACUGGGCUGUCGGAGCCAAUGUCCAGAGCCUAUUUUGAAGCCUCAUGCCACAAUUGUGGGUGGGAGUGUGAUUUUGUGUCACAGCACAAAAUGAGGGGAAGGUUAACCCUCUCCUUCCGUGCCCUUCGGUUGUGACCAUAGGCUUUUUUAAAGCUUAAAUUGUUACUAAUGGCUUGUUUGUUUUUAAGCAAGCCUAAUUGUAUGGGGGAUUAGGGCAUGAGAAAGGUGAGGAACCCUGGGCCGGCAGAAUGAAGAUCCCCUCCUUCCCCAUAGAAGGCUGAGCCCAUUGAAACCAAUGAGAUUCCAGAUGUAUGUAUUUUUGCUUAUUGCAAUUAUAUCUCACCUUUUUCUUUUGAGGAGCUCAAGGUGGUGUCUUCCCUCUCCUCCAUUAAUCCCUACAACAACCCUGUAAGGAAGGUUAGGCUUAGGGGCAGCAACUGUCACCCAGGGAACUUCAUGGCUAAGUGGGGAUUUGAACCCCGGUUUCAUCCCCAAACUGCGGCCCUCCAGAUGUUUUGGCCUACAACUCCCAUGAUCCCUAGCUAACAGGACCAGUGGUCGGGGAAGAUGGGAAUUGUAGUCCAAAACAUCUGGAGGGCCAAAGUUUGGGGAUGCCUGUCCUAGUCCAACACGGCACUACUCUGGCUCUCACGAGACUUCACUGGCUUCAUUCGUCCCAUAGACUUCAAUGGGAACUACAAGCCAAUUUGACACAAUCCUUAUUUCUGCAAGAUAAGUUGGUAUAAACCUCAAAGCAGUUUAUAAACAAACAAACAAACAAACUAUCAGCUAUUGAAGAUUGCUAUGGUCCAGGGGGUCACGAAGAGUCGGACACGACUAAACGACUAAACAACAACAAUUGAAAACAUUAGAAAUAAAUAAACAAAUGAUCCAAUUAAAACAUGCACCAACAUUCUGCAUGUCUGGGUAGACUUGCCUAGACGAAAAUAUUUUAGCAAGUGCCAAAUACAGUACAGUGAAGUCACCUGCCUGGUGUCAAUUGGCAGGGAGUUCCAAAGUGUGGGUGCUACCACACCAGAAGACUGAUUUACAGUAUUGCAAAUCCGUAAUGAAUAUAAUCACCUGGCAUGUGUAAUGUUGUUGUUUAGUCGUUUAGUCGUGUCCGACUCUUCGUGACCCCAUGGACCAUAGCACGCCAGGCACUCCUGUCUUCCACUGCCUCCCGCAGUUUGGUCAAACUCAUGUUCGUAGCUUCGAGAACACUGUCCAACCAUCUCGUUGGCAUGUGUAAUAUGCAGUGCCAAUUCCGCAGAUGGAAGCAGUUUAGUGGGCUUGUAUAUAGGACAGUGAUGGCGAACCUAUGACACGCGUGUCAGAUGUGACACGCAGAGCCCUCAUUGUUGGCAUGUGCCCCAUUGGUCCAUUCGCACUGUUGUUUUUCCCCCAUUUGUUCUCCCGCUCCUCCUACAGCUUGGCUCCGCUGUUAAAACCCGGAUUCUUUUUUGUUGUUGUUGCUGCUGGUAGCCAGAGAUUGGUUUUUAACCCUUUCUGUGCUGUUUUUUCUGGCGCUUUGGCAGACUAUGAUUGGGUGUAACAGCGUUCAUUUUUUAACCCAUUCUGUGCUGGGUUUUUUGGCGCUUUGGCAGACUAUGUCGGUGCUGCGUGUUAGUUGUAGCGAAAGUAUUAUUCAUCAUUUAUUUAUGUUCUCUUCCCCCCCAAAAAGCGCAGCAGCUUUGGGGCAUCCCCCCCAAAAGCAAAGCAACUUUUGCACCCCCCAAAAAAACCUCCAAAACUUUGGUCAGCAGCUCCCCCCCCAAAAAAAAAGCUCAACAACUCUGGGCACUUUGUGAUAAAUAAGGGGUUUUUGGUUUCGUUUCGUUUGGUUUGGUUAAAUAAUUAGUUUUUGGUUUAUUAAAUACAGUUAUAUAUUACAAUUAUACAUUUUUGUUAUUUAAGCUAUAAAUAUCGUGAAAUUAUGGUUUUUUUCUUGAAGUGACACACCACCCAAGUUAUGCUCAUUUUUUUGGCGAAUUUUGACACACCAAGAUCAAAAGGUUGCCCAUCACUGAUAUAGGAUAUGGGAAUAUUGCAUGCUGCAAAGGGCUUUGUAUACUACUGUAAUCGUAACAUCUUUAUCUUGGCCCUGGAGCAAAUUGGCAACCAGUGCAGAUCUCAGAGCACAGGUGUUAAAUGCUGAAAAGACGCCACUCCUGUCAGCAAUGGUGCUGCAGCAUUUUGCACUAACUGCAAAUUUGGAAAUUGUAUUUAGCAACAAAAACUGACUAUACUGUACACACAAUGGAAAAAACAAGCAGUGACAACAAAAUAAUACAAGAUCAACAACACAAGGAGUUUUUGAUAAUAAAGUUGAAAUAAAAACCUAUUUUCAGUCCAAGGGCCACGUUCCCUUCUGAGCAACUUUUUGAGGGCCACGUCCCUGUGGUGCACUGGGCCAGUAGCAAAAGUGGGCAGAGCAAGGAAUGUUAAUUUUAACUUUUUAAGCAGGCAAUUUUUCACACAUACCCUUCUCUGUCCACCAUCCAAGUAAGGCAAGUGCUAUGAUCAGAGUUCAAGGGCACAUCCCAGUUGGUCAAAACACCUGAGGAGGAUGCAGAGGACAUUUCAUGAGGGGCAUGGCCUGUGAAGGGUGUGUGUGGAAUGGAAAGAGCCCUGAGGGCCAGUUAGAGCAGUGUAGAGGGCCACAUUCGACUCCCAUGCCUUCUGAACCUGCUCUCCUGCAAUAAGAUUUGGUAUAUAUUGGAGAAGAUGGCUAAUUUCCUGUGGAUGUUUUUUUCUUGUUUGUUUCUUUACAGCUUUUUGUCAUCUUGAAGUAAACCUCUAGAAGGUUGCUGGAAAUCAGGCCAAGAUGACCAAGACUGAGGAAGUGCCAGACAGCCAUACAUCUGGCGAAUUUUAUGAGAAAUAUGAGCCAAAGGAAAUCCUGGGGAGGGGAGUGAGCAGUGUCGUCCGGCGCUGCAUUCAUAAAGUUACAAGAGAAGAAUACGCAGUGAAAAUCAUAGAUAUCACGGCUGGGAAUCUGUCUCCGGAAGAAAUCAAGGAGUUGAGGGACGCCACUCUGAAAGAAAUUGACAUACUCCAGAAGGUGUCCGGACACCCAAACGUUAUCCAGCUGAAGGACAGCUUUGAAUCCAACACGUUCUUCUUCCUGGUGUUUGACCUAAUGAAGAGAGGGGAGCUUUUUGAUUACCUCACAGAGAAGGUGACCUUAAGUGAGAAGGAAACCAGGAAGAUCAUGCGUGCUCUCCUGGAAGUCAUCCAGUAUCUCCACAGCAUGAACAUUGUCCACAGGGAUCUCAAGCCAGAGAACAUCCUUCUGGACGACGACAUGAACAUCAAACUGACCGACUUUGGCUUCUCCUGUCAGCUGCACAGAGACGAAAAGCUCAAAGAGAUCUGUGGAACUCCUGGCUACUUGGCUCCCGAAAUACUAGAAUGUUCCAUGGAUCCAGACCAUCCAGGUUAUGGGAAGGAAGUUGACAUGUGGAGCACCGGGGUCAUCAUGUACACCUUGCUGGCAGGAUCCCCUCCGUUCUGGCACCGGAAGCAGAUGCUGAUGCUGAGGAUGAUCAUGAACGGGGACUACAAGUUCGGCUCCCCGGAGUGGGACGAUCAGUCGGACACCGUCAAGGACCUGAUCGCCCACUUCUUGGUGGUGAAGCCGCAACACCGCUACACCGUGGAAGAUGCCCUCGCCCACCCCUUCUUCCAGCAGUAUGUCGUGGAGGAGGUCCGGCACUUCAGCCCCUUCCGGAAAUUCAGGGUCAUCUGCUUGACUGUCUUGGCAUCGGUGCGCAUCUACCUCAACUACCGCAACGUCAAGCCCGUCACCCGGGACGUGCUGCAGCGGGACCCCUACAGCCUGAAGCCUGUCCGCAAAAUGAUUGACGCUUGUGCCUUCCGGAUCUACGGGCACUGGGUGAAGAAGGGUGAAGCCCAGAACCGGGCCGCUCUCUUUGAAAACACUCCUAAGGCUGUUCUGUUCAGCUUGGCAGCCGAGGAAGAGAUGUUCUGAGUUCCAGCACACUCUGUGGUCAGGCGAAGCCUCCCAGCGUGUUAACAGCUAAAGCGAAACUUUAUGAUUUACUUUUAAAAAACAACUCAUAUUGCCUUUUCUCCAUGGAGCUCAGCUACACUCCCUGCUCACCAUUUUAAUCUUCCCUACAACGAUGUGAGAUAGGCUAGGGUGAACAAUCUCCAGCGAACUUUAUGGCUGAGCUGGGUGGAGAUUUGAACCCAGUCUUAGUCUGGCAAUCUAACCACUGUACCACAUGCUCUCAU